GGUAAUGCAGUAGUAAAGCUGCUAUAACGCGCACUGGCCGUAUUGCUUGACAUUUCAGCGCACCAAUCAUUGCGGAGGAGCUGAUUGAGUCUACUUCCCUACGCCGGGAUCGCUGAGGGGAAGCGGACGGACGGAUAUCUCAUCAUCAGCCCAGCCUGCUCGCUCAGAUCGCCCGUGAGGAGGAACCUCCGAGACGCAGCGGGGCCAUCAUCCACUUCUCUUCCGACCGGGACGCAGCGUGUGCCGCAGGGACAUGGCCGGGAUUCUGGCGUGGUUCUGGAACGAGAGGUUCUGGCUCCCUCACAACGUAACCUGGGCUGACUUGAAGAACACAGAUGAGGCAACCUUCCCGCAAGCCGAGGAUCUCUAUCUGGCGUGUCCUCUGGCGUUCUGCAUCUUUAUGAUCCGGCUGAUUUUUGAAAGGUUCAUUGCUAGACCAUGUGCCAUGGGCCUCAAGAUCCAAGCCAACGGGCCACAAAAAGCACAACCCAACGCCAUCCUGGAGAAGGUUUUCACUGCUAUCACCAAGCACCCGGACGAGAAGCGGCUGGAGGGCCUGUCCAAGCAGCUGGACUGGGACGUCCGUACCAUCCAGCGCUGGUUCAGGCAGCGCCGCAAUCAGGAGAAGCCCAGCACUCUGGCCAGAUUCUGCGAAAGCAUGUGGAGAUUUACAUUCUACCUUUACAUAUUCACCUACGGGGUGCGAUUCCUGAAAAAGACGCCGUGGUUGUGGAACACUAAAGAGUGCUGGUACAACUACCCCUACCAGCCGCUGACAGUGGACAUCCAUUAUUACUACGUACUGGAGCUCUCCUUCUACUUGUCGUUGCUCUUUUCUCAGUUUACAGACAUCAGGAGGAAGGAUUUCCUGAUCAUGUUCCUGCACCACGUGGCAACGAUCUCCCUCAUCGUGUUUUCCUACGUGAACAACAUGGCGCGAGUGGGAACUCUGGUCAUGUGCCUGCACGAUGCAGCGGACGUCCUGAUAGAGGCUGCCAAGAUGGCCAACUAUGCCAAGUGUCAGAUACUGUGCAAUCUUCUGUUUGCAAUGUUUGCGAUCCUCUUCAUGAGUUCCAGGCUGGGAGUUUACCCGGUGUGGAUCUUAAACACCACGUUGUUUGAGAGCUGGGAGAUCGUGGGGCCCUACCCGUCCUGGUGGGUCUUCAAUCUGCUGCUGGUCCUGCUGCAGCUGCUCCACUCCUUCUGGUCCUACCUCAUAGUGAAGACAGCGUGCAGAGCCAUCUCCAAAGGAAAGGUGGGGAAGUGGAAUCCAUUGCAUGUGUCAAAAGACGAUCGCAGCGACAUCGAGUCCAGCUCCGACGAGGACGACAGUCCGUCGCCCAAUCAGAAGCAUCACAGCAGCAGCAGCAGCAGCAGCAGCGCCACCAACGGGACCAACAAAAACCACGGCACCAACGGCUACCUGACAGGGGCCCAGUAUCCAGACGAACACUGACCGACUUCAUAUCACAGCCAUGGAGCCAUGCUGAAGACACCAUCCCUGUGUGCGUGUGUGUGUGUGUGUGUGUGCGUGAGUGUGUGUGUGUGUGUAUACAGUGGAGACAGUAACAUCGCCAGUCUGGAAGUCGUCGGUAGAUUUUACGUGGAUGCAGUUUUGUUAUUGACUCUUUGAUGAUUUCCUUGCGCAAUUUAUUCUCUUCAUCUAUAUAUUUGCAUCAAACUGCACUCGGUGAAACAUCACAGCACUCCCACACUCCGUCUGACGGACGACAGCGUUCCACUUUCUGGUGUAAGCAUGCUACUUUAACAUACAGCGGUCUGGCAUACUGGGGGUGCGUUUUUCUCCUGCGUUUGUCUCUCUCUGUGUUAUUUAUUUUUUUCUAUGUUUUCGGGUUGUGAUCGGACGUCUGAUUGAUUCAACGGUCUCGAACGGCCUGUUUUUUUUUCUUCUUCACGCCACACCCACAUCAUGAUAGCAAGUUUUAGAGAAAAUGCUGAAGAACUGGGUUUAAUUUUAAGGCUACACCCCCAAAGAUUUGUCAGAUUGAGUUUGUCUUCACUCACAGAUGGAUAGUACCGUGGAGUUUACACACAUUUUAGGAUACAGACAUUCGCCACUCAAACUGUAUAUGAGAUGUCAAUACCAGUAUUAUGUGUGUGCAUCAGAUAUGGCUAGAGGCUGUAUUCCCUACUGAAGCAUUUUGUUAAGUAUUCUGGUAAUUUUCUGGUAAAACAUUACUUUACAAGGCCAUUUGUCCCUUUACGGGGCAGACAUGAGUUGUUUGAAUUACUCAAUAAAAGAUGGAAAAAAAAAAAUAUGGAGA